AAGCAACUACAUCAAACUAUGGAACGGUAGAAACCUACAUGGUUAAAACAGCGUCAUUGAUUGGGUAAUGAUCGCUCUCGGCUCAAUCAGCGCCAAGUUUGUUAAACUUGGAACUUUGUGUUUGGUUAUUCUGUAUUCCGUUUGAAAAUAUGUCGACCAAGAGCAGCAUCGGCAACACGGAGGUAAAUAUAGCUAGCUAGCUAACACGAUUAUUUAUCGUCCACGUUUUAGAGAGUUUUACAUUUAACAGCCCAGUUUGGUGUGUGGCAAUGGUACUGUUAGCUAUCAAGACAUUGCCAAGCCAGCAGUGUUUCUGUUGCGCAGUAACGUUAACCCCUUCUGUUGUGUGUAACGAUAUUAGCUAGCUACAGUAGUUGAUUGAGGAAAAUGUUACAUAACUAUUUUUGCUAUCAUAGCUAGCUAGAUCUUCAGUCAUCAAAUUAGCUAGCUAACGUGUAUUUUUAAUUAGCUAACGUUAGGUCGUUUGCUUUGUUGACUUGACAGACACCCUUCAUAAACAUGUACUAAACAUGGAAGGGUUUGACCACAGAUAAAACAAGGAAUCUUUGUUAUGACUAUGACAGAACAGUUCAGCUGCUGUAGUAGAGGACUGCUUUGUCCAGUGGCAGACAUUGCUAACUAGAGUUAGCUAGGCCUUUAUGCAGGAUUUCUCCAGUGAUCUCCAUGGGUAAUGUAAUGUGCCUAAUGUUUUCUACAGCUUGGUAAAAAAGGAAGUAGCUACCAUGACAGCACAGCAAAUCACCGUUUUUUUGUGUAUUCCCAAUCUCACAGUACAUGAAAAGGAGAAUACCUCAGAACCCCAAAUAUCAACAUGUGAGGACAAGGCUGGACACAGGUAUUAUUCCACAACUCAGGUUAUUCAAGUGUUAUAGCCUUGGCUACCAGUGCCAAAUGACUCAGCAAUGCAUCAUAUUUAUUGACAUAUUUAUCAGUAUAUUGUAUUGAUGUAUAUAAAUUUAGCAAAAAAAGAAACGUCCUCUCACUGUCAACUGUGUUUAUUUUCAGCAAACUUAACAUGCAUAAAUAUUUGUAUGAACAUAAGAUUCAACAACUGAGACAUAAACGGAACAAGUUCCACAGACAUGUGACUAACAUAAAUUGUAAAAUGUGUCCCUGAACAAAGGGGGGGUCAAAAGUAACAGUCAGUAUCUGGUGUGGCCACCAGCUGCAUUAAGUACUGCAGUGCAUCUCCUCCUCAUGGACUGCACCAGAUUUGAUCUUCCACCAAGGCACCUGCAAGUUCCUGGACAUUUCUGGGGGGGAAUGGCCCUAGCCCUCACCCUCCGAUACAACAGGUCCCAGACGUGCUCAAUGGGAUUGAGAUCCGGGCUCUUCGCUGGCCAUGGCAGAACACUGACCUUCCCGUCUUGCAGGAAAUAAUGCACAGAACGAGCAGUAUGGCUGGAGGCAUUGUCAUGCUGGAGGGUCAUGUCAGGAUGAGCCUGCAGGAAGGGUACCACAUGAGGGAGGAGGAUGUCUUCCCUGUAACGCACAGCGUUGAGAUUGCCUGCAAUGACAACAAGCUCAGUCCGAUGAUGCUGUGACACACCGCCCCUGACCAUGACGGACCCUCCACCUCCAAAUCGAUCCCGCUCCAGAGUACAGGCCUAGGUGUAAUUCUCAUUCCUUCGACGAUAAACGCGAAUCCGACCAUCACCCCUGGUGAGACAAACCCCGACUCGUCAGUGAAGAGCACUUUUUGCCAGUCCCGUCCAGCAACGGUGGGUUUGUGCCCAUAGGCGACUUUGUUGCCGGUGAUUUCUGGUGAGGACCUGCCUUACAACAGGCCUACAAGCCCUCAGUCCAGCCUCUCUCAGCCUAUUGCGGACAGUCUGAGCACUGAUGGACGGAUUGUGCGUUCCUGGUGUAACUCGGGCAGUUGUUGUUGCCAUCCUGUACCUGUCCCACAGGUGUGAUGUUUGGAUGUACCGAUCCUGUGCAGGUGUUGUUACAUGUGGUCUGCCACUGCGAGGACAAUCAGCUGGCCGUCCUGUCUCCCUGUAGCGCUGUUUAGGCGUCUCACAGUACGGACAUUGCAAUUUAUUGCCCUGGCCACAUCUGCAGUCCUCAUGCCUCCUUGCAGCAUGCCUAAGGCCCGUUCACGCAGAUGAGCAGGGACCCUGGGCAUCUUUCUUUUGGUGUUUUUCAGAGUCAGUCAAAAGGCCUCUUUAGUGUCCUAAGUUUUCAUAACUGUGACCUUAAUUGCCUACCGUCUGUAAGCUGUUAGUGUCUUAAUGACCGUUCCACAGGUGCACGUUCAUUAAUUGUUCAUGGUUCAUUGAACAAGCAUGGGAAACAGUGUUUAAACCCUUUACAAUGAAGAUCUGUGAAGUUGUUUGGAUUUUUACAAAUUAUCUUUGAAAGAGGUUCCUGAAAAAGGGACGUUUCUUUUUUUGCUGAGUUUUAGAAUCUUUGCUUAUCGUCAAUGUUGUGAAACCUGUUGUCGUUUAUAGGAUGCAGCCUGACGAAGUAUGUGGAGAGGCUUGAGGAGAUAAAGAAAAGUAAGUUGCAUUUUAUUACAGACGUCUGAGAUUGGGUCAGGGCAGUUAAGAAACCUCAACUCUUGAGUGUCAACAAGUGUGGGCGGACUGGAGUUCCCACUACAUCGAGUCGCUGUCAGUCGAUACUUGUAAACAUAAAAAAUAUUACCUUGUACCUAUGUUUGUCCUGUGUAAAGUCUGGCCUUUCUUAGUUUGCUGAAAUCCAUACUUUUUUAUCCAAAGUUUUGGUGCCAUUUUUAGAGCAACGGAAACGUUGGAGCUGUCGGUGGUUGUAUUUCACAAAAGUUGUAUUAAAAAGUAUGCAUUUCAGCAAACAAAGGAAGGCCUGACUUUACACAAAACAAACAUAGGUACACUGUAGGGGUUUAAGAUUUUACAUUUUUACAAGUAUCGACUGACAGCGACUCGACGUAGUCAGCGCUCCAGUCCGCCCACACUCUUCAUCACUCAACUCCCCACUGGGCAAAAACUGUUUGUGUUUCCACAUAAUUUCAACAAAAGAAUUCAAUGCGAUGAUGUUGACUCAAUGUGGGAAACUGAUUGGAUUUGCAAAAAGUCAUUUUUUACAGCCAACUUUUAACCUAAAUCCAAUAACAUGGUGAAAUGUUUUGUUAAUUUUACAUUUAAUUCAAGUUGGUUGACAACUCAAUCAAAUGUAAAUCAAAACUAGAUGUUGAAAUGAUGUCUUUGUCCAGUGGGUCCCUUGAGAGUUGUUAUUCAACAGAUGUACCUGCAUUUUGUCCCUUUUACUUAAACAAGGAACAGUGGACAGUGUUGGGCUACUUGAGUUGGGGGGGGGGGGCAACUAGGCAUUUUCUGUCUUGAAGAACAGUUGUGGUCGACUUAUCAGGUUCUGAUUGGUGUUUCAGUUCAUGCACUUCCAGGGGUAAACCGGAGAAGCCCUGUCCUACUGAUAUUUUACAACGUGGGGACCGGGGCUACCUGAGUGAAUAAGGACUUUGUCUGCUGUGGCCAUUUUGUUUCUGGCUUUUCCGAUUUCUCAGGGAUAAGCAACACUGAUUCCUUCGUUCGGCAGUGGGCGAUUGUGUUGUUGUUCACAAUAAUUUCUCUGUCAGGGCUGAUGUAGGAGGUAUUAGGCUACAUUGUGCGGGUGCCAACAGGGGCUUUUGACAGAGAGAGAGGAUGGUGUGAUAGUCAGGGUCACACCUUGGGUCACUCUGAGUGCCAAUGUUAAAAGAGGGCUGAGCAGCCAGUAUUGAGCACAGGUGUCUUACCAUCUCUCCCAGAGCAGUAACGUUAUGGAGAUGGACACAGUAGAGUUGAGAUUUAGUGAUAUGUUGGGACAGGGGGAGGAUGAGCAAAGGGCUGACAUGCAUGACCAAGGUGAGAUUGACUGGUGAGGGGCCUGAGAUUGACUGGUGUCUGUAGAGAUUGACUUGGUACUUGUAGUUGUAAGAGAAAAUCCUCAGGGUUUCUCCAUGUCUUUUGUUCUCUCACUAUUUUGAGAGAAACUGAUAAUCUGUUUGAUUAGAUUACAGGUACAGAAAGGAUGAACUCUUCAAAAGGCUUAAAGUUACAACAUUUGCACAGUUGGUGAGUUAAACAUAUUAUUAGGUCAGUGAUGGCAAAGACAUACUUGUAUGUUCUUUAUUCUCAGUUGCAUCUGCUUUGUGGAAGUAGCCUACAUGUUAUUCAAUCACUUGUUGAUCUUAUAAUUUUUUUAAUCAGGUAAUUCAGGUAGCAUCAGUUUCGGACCUAAACGAAAGUAUGAGUGAUGGCGAAACACCAAGGCUGGAAGGUAAGAAGAUUUGGUCUUUGACAAAUAGGGCACUAUUUAUGUUUUGCACCAUUAUCGAUUUGAUCUGGAGCCCCAGUUUACAUUUAAAUUAACAGAGAAUUCCCAUCUGCUCUGUCAGUCAAAUCAAAAUGUUAUUCGUAAACAACCGGCGUAAAUUAGCAGUGAAUGCUUACUUACGGGACCUUUUUCAACCAUGCAGAGUUAAAGAUAUAAAAUGGAAAUAGUGACACCAGUACUGAGUCGAUGUGCAGGGAUAUGAAGUAAUUGAGGUAGCUAUGUACAGUACAUAUAGGUAGGGGUAAAGUCACUAGGCAACAGGAUAGAUAAUAGACAGUAGCAGCAGCAGCGGGUAGCCAUUUGAUUAGCUAUUUAGCAGUCUUAUUUGGGGAUAGAAGCUGUUCAGGGUCCUGUUGGUUCCAGACUUGGUGCACUGGUACCGCUUGCCGUGCGGUAGCAGAGAGAACAGUCAAUGGCUUGGGUGGCUGUAGUCUUUGACCAUUUUUGGGGCUUCCUCGGACACCGCCUGCUAUAGAGGUCCUGGAUGGCAGGAAGCACGGCCCCAGUGAUGGACUGGGCCUUACUCACAACCCUCCGUAGUGCCUUGCAGUUGCCUUAACGUUGGUUUUAAUGAACAUUGAGGCAGUACUUUAACUGUACAGGAACAUCUCUAUGCUUUAUUUCCACCUGAAGCCGACAUGGAGCGUCUGUCUGAGCAGACCAACAGUUCCCCCCUGCCCACGCCCACGCCCGCUCAGUUCAUCGACAACAACAAUGACGCGGGGGACGCUGGCUACUCCCCCAGGUCCACGCUUCAAAGGUAACGCUCAGCACCCCACUUUGAACAGCAUCACACACACACACACCAGGAUUUUCCAUUUUCCCCAACAACGACUCACACACCUGUUCUCAAUAUGACCUCCACUGAUGCAUAGUCUCGCUCACACUUGCACAACUAUAAGCCCACAUACAUAACCACAACACCCAUAACCACAACAUACAUAACCACAACAUACAUAACCACAACACAUAACCACAACAUACAUAACCACAACAUACAUAACCACAAUAUACAUAACCACAACCCAUAACCACAACCCAUAACCCCAGGCAUAGCUGUAACUCUAUCCCUCUCAGCAUUCAACCCACACAUCUAUCUGAAUAUCCCAGCAGAGUUUUCUCCCCCUGACAACCCUGCCACACCUUCAUUGUGUAGCAGCCUUUUCCCUGGGGCCCAAGCUCCUUGCCCCCUCACUAGAACAGAAUACUGUAACUCUAUCGCCUCAGUGGGGGCCCAAGCUGGGGCCUCCCUAAAAGCAGGGCAUUAGAUCACCUUCACUUGGGGGGAGUAGGGCAGUACAACGGCAAGCUAAACCUCCACAGCCUGGCGAAGGUGACAGAGUUGGCAUUCCACAGAGUUGAGCUCAGUUCCAUUUGGAAUACUGUAACUAAUGAUUGCAAUGUCACAGACAUUAUAAAAUGAAAGUUAUACAAUUCUCACAAUAUUUUGCGUUUUUGGCGUUUUUUCACAUACACGGGUCAGGGACACUUUUUCUGUAUAACCUGUCACUUUGAACUCUCACUACAGUGUAAUAAGCGGAGUGGGAGAGCUGGACCUGGAUAAGAACGGUCAGAAGACAGUGACUCUGACAACUGUGUCCAGCCCUCGGCUUCCAGACGGACCCUAUCCCAGACUGCCCCUACCUGCUGCUGGACGUCAGGGACAGAGAGCAGUACGACCAGUGUCACAUCAUCAGCGGUAGGGAGACCAUAGAAGUACAAUUAAUAGAAUCCUGACCAUAGAAAUAGAAUUCCAGACAUAGAAUUCUGACUCUAGAAAUAUAAUUUAAUGGAAUUCUUUUCACCCCAAUGUAAUACUGUACAUAUUUGUGACAUCUCCAAAAAAAAUCCUCAGCAUACAGUUACCCCAUCGCAACCCUCUCAAGAACAAUGAAUCCCUACACCAAGGAGGUGCUGGAUUAUGUAUCCUUCCACCAAAACAAAUAACACUGUAUUAUUAUUCCAUAACUCACAUUAUCAGGCAAUCUGAAAUGGGUCUAUACACACUAGUAAAAUAUCCAUAUACUGUACAGGUUUGAAUAUUCAUUUGCUUGCCUCACUGUUGUACUGUGAUCCCCUUAACCUUGACCCUAUGUAGAAAAAUGUUUUGGGGAAGAUCAUAAUCGUAUAUGAUGAGGAUGAGAGGGUGGCUGCCCAGGCAGCCACCGCCAUGUGUGAGCGGGGCUUCGAGAACCUCUUCAUGCUAUCUGGAGGUCAGUUGAUGAUGUAUUGUGGGCAAUUAAUAGCUCAAGUGAAAGCUUUGGAAUCAGUGCAAUAUCACACUCCCAUUUAAAGCAAUGUUAAACUCACUGACUAUCACCCCCCCCCCCCAGGCCUGAAGGUGAUUGCUCAGAAGUUUCCAGAGGGGAUGACAACAGGCACCAUCCCAGUGUCGUGCCUCCCGUCUCCCACGGCGACAGCAGGCAGGAAGCGCUACACCCACAGACAGGUGUUCAUGCCAGCCGACAGGAAGUGGAGGUUCACCUCAGACGACAUGGCCAACAUCCAGGCACACUUGGAGGAGAUGCUCGUUCCCUCGGACACCAACAGUAAGGCACAUUUAACAGCUAACAGGCUCACAGCAAAGACCAUUUAGACUCCAAUGGGAAGGCCACACUAACAGCGAACUGACUCCAACAGGAAAGCGUCACUCCCUGAUCUGUUGCAUUGGGCAGUAACAACAACCUACCAGUAGAUGGUGAUAACAUGUAGAAAAAGUAAACAGCUGGGAUGGCUCUAGUGUUUUGGGAGUCCUAAGCAAGAUUUGAGAAAUGUACGUUUUACAGCUAAUUUCCUGCAAUUCUACACAUUUUGCCAUGACUUAUGCCUUGUAAUAUGGUAUAUGAGUGAGAAUGACUAACAAAAUCAAUGGGGGGCCCCUGGAGGUCAGGGCCCUUGGCUCGUGCCCUGCGUGCCCGGUCUGUAUUUGGCCAUUAUUGCUACAAGUUUAGAUCGCUGGCUAGACUAACUACCAAUCAAAAAAUUGUUAGCUGACAUGGCUAAUUUAGUGACUGACAUAACAAGAGAAACUGCUGUAUGAUGCAUAACCAAGUAUUCUACAAUUCCUAAGCAACCAGUUAUGCCUGGAGCCAGCCCUGUUGGGGUGUGUAGGCUUUUGUUCCAGCCCUAAACACCCCAUUAGCUCCUAUUGUUGGCCACCCUUGGAAAUGACAUAGAGAAUGAUUUUCUGAAAGCUUACUGUUAUUUUUGAUAGAUGUGUGACUGUCUCUAUGUUCUGUGUGUGUGUGUUUUCCAGGCCGUCUCAGCAGCCGCAUGUCCACCAGCAGUGCCCAGUCCAAAGCGUCCAGCGCUCGCAGUGUACGUACAUCCUCUCUGGCCGGCUCUGAAACCGCCAGAUCCCAGAGCAGCCGACCGUGGAAAUAACCCUCAGCCUUAACCCAAAUAAAGUCUACUUAUUUCACUACCACCACCCAUGUGCCCUUCUGUGAAAGGGGCACCCACCAAACCCCCAACUAUGCCCCCCCCCCCCCCCCCCAGGGGUGCCCAACUCUAGUUCUCAAGGGCCCAAAUCCUCCUGGGUUUCGCCUCACCCUGGGAUUUAUAAUAAUCGCCUAAUAAUCUCGAUUGAUUGUCAUCUUCAUUAGCAGCCCAGUCAAUACACAUACCUGGUCUCCCUUGUGUAAUUAGGUCCUCGAGGACCAGAGUUGUGCAGCUCUGCCUUAUGCCUUUGGGCCUGUAAAAAGGCUCUGCUUUAUUGUAGGAUAAUAGGAAUUGGUGUGUUGAUUUGAAUUUGUUGCUCAAUGAAUAUAAAAAAUGUCAUUAGUGAUCGUAAGGUGAGAAUUUAUGGAUUUGCUUUGCUCUCAAUUAUCGUUACCUCGCAGAUGUUGCUUUCCUAAAAUUACUUGUGUUCCUUUCACGCUCUGGCUCUGUCUAUCUGCGUGUGAUGUCUGUCAUUGGUUUUUAGCAAUCAGCCAUUCCAGUCAUUGAUCUUGUCGAUCUCCUUCAUCAACCCUCAUUAACUUAAGGUCAUUUCACUUGGUACCACGGUACAAAAAUUAUGUCCCAUAUGCUUUGUUGUACGUUCCAAAUAACCAGAAGUGAUGAUUGUUGUGCAGGGCCUUCUCAGAAAAUAUUAAUAGAACGCUAUAUGGAUCAUGUAUUAUGUAUCACAGAUCAUCUAAAUGCCUUUGUACAAAAGUAUACAUAUGAAAACGCUAAUUAUUUGGUACGUGGUGCGUUCUCUAUUUUAAACGGUGAAAGAAGAUGUGCUAUUUUUGAUGUGAUAUGUUUUCUCUGUCUAAGGGGAAUAGCCUUUGGAAAAUUGGGAUAAUAUAAUAAUAUGCCAUUUA